ACUUACACCAAAAAAUAUACCCCAUUUGUACACCACAGGUUUGCACAAACAUUUCGAUGGUUUACACCGACACAAGUGUUGGUGCGUUAAUAAAAAUUCACACGGACACAAAUGUUGAUAAAAACUCAGAGUCUUGUGCUCUUCUCUCCUUCACACGAACCCUAGCACACUCAUUUGAUUCUCCACUGAGUGUUUCCACCAGAUCCUAAGCUCAUCAACAAUGGCGUCUCGGAGGCUUCUGGCCUCGGUUCUCCGAUCUGCCGCCAGUCGCGGCGGCUCGUUUUCCAGAUCCGUCAUCGGGAACUCCGGUCCCCGGCUGAGGCCUUCGUCUCCUGCAUCCCCCGUUGGUUUUCUCCUGAAUCGGGCCGUUCGUUACGCUACCUCCGCUGCGGCCCCGGCUGAGAAGCCUGCGGCGAAGCCGCCUUCUGGAAAUGAGCCGACGGGGAAGAUCACGGAUGAGUUCACCGGGAAGGGAGCGAUCGGAAGCGUCUGCCAGGUGAUUGGAGCUGUCGUAGAUGUCAGAUUCGACGAGGGCCUGCCUCCGAUCCUCACGGCUCUCGAGGUUCUCGACAACCAAAUCCGGCUCGUGCUGGAGGUGGCGCAGCACUUGGGUGAGAACGUGGUUAGGACCAUUGCUAUGGAUGGUACUGAAGGGCUUGUCCGUGGCCAACGCGUUCUCAACACCGGUUCUCCUAUCACAGUUCCUGUUGGAAGGGCCACUCUUGGUCGUAUCAUCAAUGUCAUUGGAGAGGCCAUAGAUGAGAGAGGCCCUAUUGACACUGAACACUUUUUGCCAAUCCAUCGAGAAGCUCCAGCAUUUGUUGAACAAGCUACCGAGCAAGAAAUUCUUGUAACUGGAAUUAAGGUGGUAGAUCUUCUUGCCCCAUAUCAAAGGGGAGGUAAAAUUGGGCUUUUUGGUGGCGCAGGAGUUGGAAAGACUGUGCUUAUUAUGGAGCUGAUUAACAAUGUUGCAAAAGCUCAUGGUGGUUUCUCUGUCUUUGCUGGUGUUGGUGAGCGCACUAGGGAGGGUAAUGAUUUGUACAGAGAAAUGGUUGAAAGUGGUGUCAUAAAGCUCGGUGCUGAGCAAAAUCUGAGCAAAUGUGCUCUUGUGUAUGGUCAAAUGAACGAGCCCCCGGGUGCUCGUGCCCGUGUUGGACUCACUGGACUGACUGUUGCCGAGCACUUUAGAGAUGCUGAGGGUCAGGAUGUGCUUCUUUUUAUUGACAACAUCUUCAGGUUUACCCAGGCCAACUCAGAGGUCUCUGCUUUGCUUGGGCGUAUCCCAUCUGCUGUCGGUUAUCAACCAACCUUGGCAACCGAUCUUGGAGGCUUGCAAGAACGUAUCACGACUACUAAGAAGGGGUCCAUUACAUCAGUUCAAGCUAUUUAUGUGCCUGCUGAUGACUUGACUGAUCCUGCUCCUGCAACAACCUUUGCCCACUUGGAUGCCACAACAGUCUUGUCUCGUCAGAUAUCCGAGCUUGGUAUUUAUCCCGCCGUCGACCCCCUUGAUUCCACAUCUAGAAUGCUUUCUCCCCACAUCUUGGGAGAGGAACACUACAACACCGCUCGUGGGGUACAGAAAGUCUUGCAGAACUACAAGAAUCUUCAAGAUAUUAUUGCUAUUUUGGGUAUGGAUGAGCUUAGUGAAGAUGACAAACUGACUGUUGCACGUGCCCGUAAAAUUCAAAGGUUCCUUAGCCAGCCCUUCCACGUGGCUGAGGUGUUCACUGGUGCCCCUGGAAAGUAUGUUGAGCUGAAGGAGAGUGUUGCCAGUUUCCAGGGCGUGCUGGACGGGAAAUACGACGACCUUUCCGAACAGUCCUUUUACAUGGUGGGUGGAAUCGACGAGGUCAUUGCCAAGGCAGAGAAGAUUGCCAAGGAAUCCGCUGCCUAGAACAAGAAGAAGAAGAUUAAACAAUUUUUUCCCUUUUGUGUUUUUGGUUGAUAAUCGCGAAAUAAUUCUAUGAUGACAAUGCCAAACAGACUUGGAGGAUUUUUGAACCUUAAUGAGGACUUGGCUGGUUUGUCGCAGUCUAAAGUUUUUUUUCCGUAUUUUGUGUGGAAUUGAGAUAGAAAUGUGUUACUUAAUUUUCACAUAAUAAUCCCCUCGCAAAUUGGCUGAUUUGUAACAUUAUCCUCAUUCAUACAGUGGUGGGUAAAUG